CCUGGUGGGAGGAACAUGAGCCCCUUGCAUCAGGGGGGGAAACCAGUGAGAUCAGCCACAAAAACCCGAGAGAGAGAUGCAGAGGAGAAUACAGAAGUCAGACACUAAACCAAAGUCAUUCUUCCAAUUCAAGACCUACCAGAAGACUCUGUGACUCCCGGCUCUCUGCUGCCGAACGCGCUGGGCGAGGAAAAUGCUGCCCGUUUGCCUUCUUCUUGCUGCUGUGUGUCUGCAGGGGAGCCUGCUGCAGGAGGCCGGGACCAGGGACCAGAGAAAGCCGUUCUUUGAAAGGUUUAGGAGACUCGAGGAGCAGUUUCGUCGGUUUCAGGAGGUGACACUGCUGCGUCUCCAGGGGAUCGCCGGGAACUACAACAUUUCCUACAACAUCGACACCAGGUUCCAGCACCUGGCGGAUCAGUAUGACACUGUUGCGGCUGCUCUCAACGUGUCGCAUGCCGCCCUGCAGGAGGACCUGGGCUCUUUGAAAACCUGGAUGAAGAAGCUACAGAGAAGAACCAAAAAGCUGGCUUCUAAACUCUCGUCGUUGGCUGAGUCCCUGAGUGAAAGCCACAAGCAGAGCUCUGGGGAGAGGCUGCAGCAGAGCGCUCUCCUGUCCAACCUAACCCUGCAGACUGCAGGCCACACGGCAGACCUCACCGCCCUGCGCGCCAGCAGGAACACCCUGCAGAAAGAGCUGGAGAGCCUGCGGGAGACCAGUCGGAGCCAGGGAACCAAACUGGAGGCUCUGGAGCAGCAGCUGAAGAACAUGCUGCACAAGGAGGUCCUGGCAUCUGGGCACCAUGAGCUGGCUGUGGCCCAACAACUGAACCAGACACCCCAGGACAAGCUGCCGGAAGCAGGGGGAAGCCAGGGACACAGUGUGAAGAAGCUGCAUGCCAAGCACAAACAAAGGAAGAAGCUGGGGGAGAAGAGGCAGCAGCUCCUGGCCCAGGCUGCAAAGAGGAGGCUGCAGAGUAGCCUGUUCCAUGGCAAUAAGACCCCCGGGCAGGAGAGACAGCCAGAGACACCCACUGUGCCAGAGCCACAAGCUGCCAGGCAGCAGCUCCUCAGGGUUGCCAAGAUCUCACAAGAGCAGCUGCAGUCACUGUCACCUGAGAAGCCAGGCACAAUUUGCAAUGUGGAUUCCAUGCUGCUUUUCCCCAACGCUUCCACUGAAAACUUUGCCACCUUCGGCCAGGGGUUCCAGACUGGCCUGCACGAGCUGUCGGUCUGCAGCUGGGUGAGCACCCACGCUUGCUCCCUGGGCACCAUCCUGUCCUAUGCCACGGAGGAGAAUGACAACAAGCUCGUCCUGCACGGCCGGAACACCGCAGCCCUGGCCUCCAUCCACUUCGUCAUCGGUGACCCAGCUUUCCGGGAGCUGCCGGUGGGGCAGCUCCUGGAUGGCAGAUGGCACCACAUGUGUGUCAUCUGGUCCUCCAUCCAAGGCAAGUACUGGUUCUAUGUGGACAGGAGAUUGGCAUCCACAGGCUCCAAGUUCCAGGAGGGCUAUGAGAUCCCCCCUGGCGGGUCGCUUGUUCUGGGUCAGGAGCAGGACGUGGUUGGGGGUGGGUUUGACCCCUCAGAAGCCUUUGUGGGACGCCUGGCUGGCUUUGCCAUCUGGAACCGCACUCUGAUGCCCGGGGAGGUUUCCAGCAUAGCGAUCGGGAAGGGCCUGCCCCGUGGCACCAUCCUGAGGCUGGCUGAUGUCUCCUCCCUGAAUGGAUCAAUACAGCAGGUGAAUUGCACCUGCCUGGAACACUGUUUGUAAACCAAGCCCGCCCCCUCCCGGGCUGUCCCCAGCAGCACAGACUGUGGGCAGCCCGGAGUCCAAAUGCUGGGCAGUUAUCGACAUCAGCCGGUGGUGCCUGUUUGCCAGAACACUUCCUCCGCCCUGCUAAAUAGGCACAAAGCCCUUUUCUCCGUCGGAUGAGAGCCGAGGGCCUCUACUGACACAGCCAUCGCCAUGGAGAUCCGGAGAGGCAUAAAAGCAUCACUCAAUUCUUCCCAUGCCAAUCUAAUGGAAACUUCUUCAUGUGAUUGCUUAUGUCUACUCAUUGAGUCCAGAAAUCAGUGCGGCCGUGUCGAGGGUCCAGCUCUACUGAGAUGACUGUGUCCAGAGGGAUAGCCAGCCAGAGGUUGGCCCAUAUCAUACUUCAGCGUUGUAUUGCUUUUCCUCCGGCAGCGCUUUUCCAGACCCUUAGCAAAGACUCAGCAAUCACGUCUCCCACCAGUGAAAUGCAGCCAGCUCUGGGGAGGAUUUGGGAGGGGGCAUGGUAGCUGUUUAACAGUGCACAGCAAUACCACACACCAGAUUAGGACAAGAGAUGAAAGCCUCAGGUGGGAUUUAGAUAGAAUGCGAGCAUUCAAACUGGAACACGGCACCCUGCACUUACGGAAAUUGUCACAGAAUUUUUAAUUCCCAGUGAUGGUCGAACCUUAGUCUUAGAUCUCAUCCAAGAGACAGCCCCGUAAUAUCAUGCUGGGCAUGGGGUGGCCCAGAGAUGGAGGGAAGCGGGCUGUCUCCCGCAAACACCGCUUCUGAUAAGUCCCACUUUUCCAGGAAGGGCUCCCCGCCGAAUACUGACCUAAGCAAACCCCACAGAGCUAACACCAGCCCAGCUUAUAUGUAGCCACAUAUAAGCACAGCAGCCUGGGGGAAAGGCUCUUGGAUUCAAUUUCCAACCUGAGGCGCAAAUGACUAUUGCAGUUAGUUUUCACAGUGAAAUGACCAUGACGGAACUUACCUUCGACACUUAAUUCUUCCCAGGAGAGCCCAAGGAGGAGGUCAGGUGGCCCUGGUAACUCUGCCCAGGCCUGCAGUCUAGGUUUGUGAAGUGCUCUUUGAAACAUCAGCAGUAACUGUGUACCAGACGGUGUGUACCCUGGUCGUAGAGGGUCAAGCUUACCCCUGGGGCUGGGCUUGAUGACUAACUCAAGGAACAAUAACAGAGUAGAAACCUCCACCUAAGCUUUCUCCUCAGGGCAGAUUGUUCCUAGGGCUCCCUGCAGGACCUCCCUGGCUCUGCCCCGAGUUCCCUCUCCCUAAAGGGCCACCCCACCUCUCAGAGUCAGAUGAAGUUCAAAAACGGCAUGUGCCGCAGUGAAGCAACAAUUCGUGCAGGGCUCUAACCUGGCUAACAGGUCAACAGCCGAUCCCUGCCUCUUUGUUCAGCCCUAGCCCUGGCUACAUCCCCCUGUGGUGCUAAACACCCAAAUCAAAUGGCCUUGAUCUAAUCAUGAAUGAGAGCUGGACAGUGAAACUGGACAGAAACAGCAAUGGUGCUUUUCCUUUGGCCCAAGCCCUUCCUCUGAAACGGCCUCAAGUCUAAAGUGCCUUGGAGAGUCUGGCUGCUGUGGCUGCAGCCUCAAACAGCUCCAAUAAGCUACCAACCUGCUCCAGUAUAACAGGUACCCACUGCAUCCAGCUGGGCCUUGGGAAGCCACAGGAGUGUGUGGAGAGGGGAAUGUGGAGGCUCUGUGUGGGCUGGUGGUUUAGAUGAGGCGCCUCCACAAUAACCUGUACGUGGUACUGCAGCUGGCUAGAGCAAUGCUGCAUCUCUCUCGUGAACGCGAGGCCUGUGUCUCUUGCAGCUGGGAUCCGGCAACAUUUCAAAUAAAGAAGGAAACCAUCAAAUGGGUCUGUGUGUAGAGCGCAUACUGCCGAAGUAAACAGCAAAAAUGGGGAUGGGCAGGGGAGAUUUUUAAGAUUAUUUCAACUUGAAAAGGACAGCAUCAGCUUGACAUUUAGUCAGUUUCAGAACAUGCUGUCGAAAGCCUUUUGGGUUCUGCCCCUGCUCACCCAGCGGGUUUUACAGACACGUAUUUUCCGCUUUAAAAGAAAUUGUUUUCUCCUGUUGCUGGAUGAAA